GUUGGCGGAAGAAUCCGUUCCUAUUGUCUAUGCUGGGUCACUAAAAAAAAGCGCUCUCUCUCACGUUCUUUGCUCUCGUAACGUCUGUAAAGGACAUGUAAAGGCGCAGGCUUUGACUACAUUUGGUACCGCGUUGGCAGUAGUUCCACGAGUUCUUAUCCGUCAGUGAAGCAUAUUCACGAUGUUUUAUAGAAGUAAAAACCUCAGAUAUGUAUUGAGCCUUGUCCCGGGUAAAAAAAGUCUUGGGAUGUACAGGUUCCUCCCAAUCUUUUUUUGCAUUGGAGGUGUCAUGGAAUGGAUCAUGAUCAACGUUAGGAUAGGAAGGGAGACUUUUUAUGAUGUCUACAGAAGAAAACAGUCUGAACGGGAAUACCAGCAGAAGACUGCAGAUGGUUUGAACACUGGCCGGGUUUAAUGUGGAUUUCAUGUCUAAUCAAAGGACACUUUCUUGGACUCUUAAUUCCUUACUGGAGUGAAGCCGACAUCCAAAACAUCAGAGUCCUGAGAUGCAAGAGUCUGAUGGAGAGAUCUCUUUAAACAUGCACGCUUUAUUCAUAUUACCUUCAGUUCAAGGAACAUUAGCAGUGAUGACACCACUGCUGUGCAAUCAUAAGAAAUCAUAUCAACAAUGUUCAAUGUCAAGUCUAUGUUGAUGUAUUGCAAAGCACCUGCCUUGAUAAAGCAGUAACACUGGAGAAAAACAAGUACAAGUACUUUCUGUAACUAGAUAUUUGUUAUUGUAAAAAAAAUAUGUUGCAUUGAAAGAACUGAGUAUAUUAAAUGUAACAUAGUAGUAUUUAA